AUACAGUUUUGAAACCUUACUUUACCUAUUUCCAUUCCAGAUUAUUUUCACCGACAAAGAAACUUAAACCUAAGGACAACAGAAUAUUACAGUUUUAGCACUGGUGACCUUGACCUUUAACCCUGCAGAUCAAAAUGGAUGACUCGGAGGAAUAUGACAUGAAUCAUCUUUUUAGAGGUCAUGCUAUUAUCAUUGCAAAUGAAAAGUUUGCAGGGGAUACAAAUCGCCCUGGCGCAAGGCAAGAUGCCAAUAAGAUGCAAGCUUUAUUUCAGUCUCUGGAUUUUCUAGUUACAACAUACAUGAAUGUGACUGCUGCAGAUAUGAUGGAUAUUAUUCGAAAAGGAAGCAAGUCUUUUGCUAAUUUGGACGCUGACUGCUUUGUGCUCGUGAUAAGUUCUCACGGACUUGAGAAGCCGGUCUUUGAUAGCUCCCUGCAAGGUGGAUCGUACAUGUACCUACCUAAAGAUUCAACAGUUUGGCGUCAUGCUUUAAUCGGUAGUGAUAACAAACUUAUUUUCGUGGACGAAAUCCUGAAAAUAUUUGACGAUCAAGAAAAUAAAGACAGUUAUUUGAAAGGGAAACCAAAGUUAUUUUUCCUUCAGGCAUGCAGGUCAGGUCAUUUGUCGUACAAAAAUGGGAUUUUGGGAUCAUAUGAUACAGGUACCAAUGUUAAAGUGUCUAUCUCGGAUACCAAUCUUACAAACAUACAACCCUCAGAUGCCGGUUACCAUGACGAAGAUUUUAUAGAGCUGGUUAACUCAGUGGCAGGAAUAAAAUUAAGCCAAGAGGCUGAGAAUGCAACUGAUGGCAUGCCUGUUGUGGGACGGGUGACAUACGAUUAUCUGAAAAGUCCGGUUGUUGAAACAGACCCUGUAACUCCUGUAACUCCAAGAGUCAUGAAACAGUCUGCCUAUGAUAUUGUACCAGUGCCGUGCCCUGACGAUUGCCUUAUUAUGUAUCCUACUGUACCUGGCAAGUAUGCUUAUCGUAUAAAUCAGACUGGAUCUUAUAUGCUGAGCUACAUGUUUCACCAUGCACAUAGGAACAAACUUCUACGGGGAUGUGACAUUCUUCAGUAUCUGACGUCGGUCAAUAAUGCUAUGGCAAGUACAGAAAUAUACUUCGAUCCUUCAGCAAUCACAGUAGUACCUGACGAAAUAAAGAUGCUACAAGAAAGUUUGCCGUUCAAGGUCACGGCUUGUAUUGUACACAGACUUACAAAGACUUUGAGAUUUCAACCAAGGUCUACAAACUCUGUGUGGCAAGAACUUAACGCUCGUAGAACAUUUUAAAGCGCGUAAAAGAUUUUUAGCGCUUAAAACAUUUUGAAGCGCGUAAAACAUUUUGAACUGUGUGUACACCAUUUUGAAGUGUGUAAAACAUUUUUAAUGCUGAAUCGCAUUGUAUUAUUACUAGUGUUAGAUGAGUUGUUAAAGCAGCAUGCCUCCAGAUUCAUUCUUAUUUUCAUGAAAAUUUUGAAAAUGUAUUCAAAAGUAAAAUAUUGUGUAGUGAAAAAAAACAGUAAUUAACACAUUGCAGUGUCGCUGUAGAAAUGUAAUAAUUAAUACAGCAAUGUAAAGUCAUUAAUUGCACAUAAAAAGUAAAUUAUUACUUGAAUCUUUAAUCUGUUUCCUUUUCUAAUUAUCUUGUUACAUUUUUCUCAUGUUUGAUUUUCUUGAAAUAUUUUUAGCUCAACUGGAGGCAUGCAGCUUUAAAAAUUGGUUUUGGGAUACAUUUUGAGCCGCGUCAGGACAAAACCAACGUAAUGCUUUUGCGACCAUCAUGGAUCCAGACCAGCCUGCGCUUCUGCGCAGUCUGAUCAGGAUCCCUGCUGUUCGCUAUCAGUUUUUCUACUUGUAAUAGGGUUUGUAAGGGAACAGCAUGGAUCCUGAUCAGACUGCGCGGAAGCGCAGGCUGGUCUGGAUCCAUGCUGGUAGCAAACGCAUUAUGUUGGUUUUGUCGUGACGGGGCUCAUUUUGAACUUUUGUACAAUACUUUAUAAAGCACUUUAUAUCAAUACACCUGAUAAUGAUAAAGAGUGUUCUUCAACCUGUUGAAUUUAUGUCAUGGCAUUGAUUAUUUUAAAGGGACUCCACUGAGGCUUUUUGUCAUGACAUGACUGAAAAUAAUUUUUUCGAGAUUUUUGUACUAGAUCUAUUUGAUGUAGGUCUAGACCAAUAGCUUGUGUGCAAUAUUUCAGAUCAUUCGCUCACUUCCUUUUUUCGUGAAUAAUUAGUCUAAUCAUUAAAUAUGACCGAAAAUUGAAAAACGUUACAAUGUUUUUCAAUCAAAUUUGGCUAAGAAUAGCACAAAAAUAGGAUUUUCUAUCUAUUUCCGAGUAUAUUUCUUAAAGCUACAUUCCUCCAGAUAAGUCAAAAUAUUUCAAUAAAUUCAAAGUUUAGAAAAAUGUACUAAGGUGUAGGAAAAAGUUUCAAAAUUCAAGUAAUAUUUUACAUAUUAUCUGUGAUUAAUGACAAAUUUUUUUAGUAUUUACAACUAUAUUUCUACUGCGUUACUAAAGCAGUAAAGGUUAUUUAUGUAUAUUUUUACCACUUUUUGGUUAUUUACAUGGUUUGUAAGUGCCAUAAAUAAUGAGUAAAUUGCAUUCUUUUGAUUACUACACAAUAUUACACAUUCAAAUACAUAUUCAAAAUUUUCAUGAAAAUUAGCAUGAAGCUGGAGGUGUGCUGCUUUAAUUAUCUUUUGCAAAUCUUGUUUAAACUGCCCCAGCUGAUCUAUCAAAAAUUUACUAUUUUGAUUUUAGGCUUUUGAACCUUAGUGGAGCUCCUUUAAUUACUUUUUUUUGUUUUGUAUCAUGGAAUACUCUAUAUAUUAUGCUCCUAUUUUUUAACCUACAGUAUAAUUAUUGACUACUUUAGACUAGAUUUUGACUUAUUAAGACUAGAUUUUGACUAACUUUGACUAGAUUUUGACUAAUUUAGGCUAGAUUUUGACUAAACAUGCCCUUUUUUAUGCCCUAACUUGGAUGAGUUGGGGGGGGGGUAGAAUGGGGCUCCUAUACAAAUAGAUGUAUCCUUGUCCAUCCAUUAUGCCUUUUCUUUGUCCAUCUAAAGAAUCACUUACUGUUCUAAUGGAAUGAGCGAACUGCCAUGUUCUAUGGACACAAUUUUCUCGUUGACUUUAGAUUUAUAUUUUAAAACCUGUUUUUAUUCCACAGUUUACCUUCAAUAUUCAAGCCGAGACAUUCUUUGUAACAACUUGUUUGAGAAUCUUAAAUAAGAUUAUUAAAACAAUAUUACCAUAUUUGAUUUUUUUGAACUCUUGUAAUGAAAAUGAAGCUUAAUUCUGAUAGUAUUGAUUUCUAUUUUAACAUCAAAUGGUGUAAAUGCUGAAAUUUCAUUGGCUAUAUAUCAAAGGUUGUUAAAUAGGUUUGGAAAUAUGUCAGUUUUUUUUUACAUUUUAGGUCACUUAAGCUAAAAAUAGAUAAGUUUUGUUUCACCUUUAAUUGGGUAAACCUCUUAAAGGGACUCCACUGAGGCUUUUCGUCAUGAAAGGACUGGAAGUAUUUUUUUUCAAGACUUGUAAACUUAUAAUUGCAACACUUUUUACUCAAACUGGGCUGAAAUUCAUGCAAAAGUUUAAUUUUCAAUUUAAUUCUGAGUAUAUUUUUUCUUUAUUAUCCUUUGAAAAGUUUUCACUGACUGAACAGUGAGUUCAGUGCAGACCAUGAUCAAAUGGCACUGAUGAUUUUGGUCUGUCCUGAGUAUGACUUGGUUUAGAAUCUGUUGACACCUGUGGGCUAAGUGUUAAAUAUUUGUAAAUUUUGUAAAAAUAACACUGUCCAGGGAACAAUUGCAUUGGUGACAUCUUAACAAGAUUUCAUGUUUGUGUAAAUUGAACGUCUUUAUUGUCCCCCGCCUUUUCAAAGAAAAAAGGGGGAUAUAGAAAUAGGCUCCGUCCGUCUGUCCGUCCGUCCGUCUGUCGGUCAGACUCUCGUGUCCGGUCCUUAACUUUGUCAUUUAUGAAAGGAAUUUUAAAUUACUUGGCACAAAUGUUUAUUAUAAUAAGACGAUGUGUCAUGCGCAACAACCAGACCCCUACCUCCAGGGUCAAGGUCACACUUGCUCAUUCAAGGUCAACAUUGCCUAUUUGAGGGUAUAUGUCGUGUCCGGUCCAUAACUUUCUUAUCUAUGAAGGGAUUUUGUAAAUACUUGCCAUAAUUGUUCACAAUAAUCAGAUGAUGUGUCAUGCGCAAAAACCAGUCACCUACCUUCAAGGUCAAGGUCACACUUGGAAGUCAAAUAUUAACAUAGUCUGUUACAGGGUAUAUUUCGUGUCCGGUCCAUAACUUUGUCAUUUAUCAAGGGAAUUUGAGAUAACUUGGCAGAAAUGUUUGUUAUAAUAAGACGAUGUGUCAUGCGCAACAACCAGACCCGUACCUUCAGGGUCAAGGUCGUACUUGCUCAUUCAAGGUCAACAUUGUCUAUUUGAGCGUAUAUGUCGUGUCCGGUCCAUAACUUUCUUUUCUAUGAAGGGAUUUUGUAAAUACUUGCCAUAAUUGUUCACAAUAAUAAGACGAUGUGUCAUGCGCAACAACCAGACCCGUACCUUCAGGGUCAAGGUCGUACUUGCUCAUUCAAGGUCAACAUUGUCUAUUUGAGCGUAUAUGUCGUGUCCGGUCCAUAACUUUCUUUUCUAUGAAGGGAUUUUGUAAAUACUUGCCAUAAUUGUUCACAAUAAUCAGAUGAUGUGUCAUGCGCAAAAACCGGUCACCUACCUCCAAGGUCAAGGUCACACUGGGAGGUCAAAUACUUACAUAGUCUGUUACAGGGUAUAUUUUUUGUCCGGUCUAAAACUUUUUCAUAGAUCAAAGGAUUUUGAAAAUACUUUGCACAAAUAGUCACUUUGAUAAGAGGAUGUGUCAUGCGCAACACCUGCAUCCCUACCUCCAAGGUCAAGGUCACACUUAGAGGUCAAAAAUUAACAUAGAAUGUUAUAGGGUAUAUUUUGUGUUGAAUCUAGAACUUUUUCAUAGUUCAAGGGAUUUUGAAAUAACUUUGCACAAAUAGUCACAAUAAUAAGCCGAUAUGUCAGGUACAACACCUGCACCCCUUCCUCUUAAGGUCAAGGUCACACUUAGAGGUCAAAGGUUAACAGAGUCUGUUAUUUGGUAUAUUUUUUGUCCCAUCCAUUACUUCUUCAUAGAUUAAGGGAUUUUGAAAAUACUUGGCACAAAUAGUCACAAUGAUUAGAUGAUAUGUCAUGCGUAACAUCUGUGUCCCUACCUCCAAGGUCAAGGUCACACUUAGAGGUCAAAGAUUUACAUAGUCUGUUAUAGGGUAUAUUUUGUGUCCAAUCUAUAACUUCUUCAUAGUUCAAGGGAUUUUGAAAAUACUUGGCACAAAUAGUCUCAAUAAUAAAACGUUAUGUCAUGCACAACACCUGCUCCCCUACCUCCAAGGUCAAGGUCACACUUAGAGGUCAAAGCUUAACAUGAUAGAUUUUUAAAUUCCGUGUUUCAUUUUAUUUUUUUAACAAAUUUAUUGUUACAUUUGCAGAUCUAGCAUUGAUCAUAAUUUUGGACUGAAUGUCCUGAGAUCCAUACCUCAAUCUUUUGAAAUAGCACAAUUUUAUGCUUCAUAUAAAACUCCUGGGGCGGGGGACGUUGGUAACUCUGUUACAAAUUCUUGUUUAUAUGUGUUAUGUAAGUAUAUCCAGGGACUUUUUAUUAUAUUGUACUCAUGAUUUUUGUCUAUAGCAGGUACUGUCUUUUUAGCUUUAUUGAAUGUUAAAUAUGACUUGCAAUUUUUUUAUCGUUAUUAGCUUGAUUAUUUCAAUAGAUUAGGGAAAGCUAUUUAUAAUUCUCACAUGUCGUUGAUGUCGGCGUCUGACCGUCACACUUUGAUUAAGUAUUUGCAUGCAAGGUCGAAUCUCUAAAACUACUGAAGAAUGGGUCGAAACUUCACAUGCUUGAGAGCAAAAGAGGUUACUGGCCAAGGCCCAAAAUUCUUAACAGAGAUUUUGACAGAAUUAUGGCCCUUUAUGAACUCGGAAAAUUCUGCAUUAUUCAGGCUCUUGGUUUACUAUCUAGCAUCAAGAAUAGUCAAGCAUGCUGUCCUUCUCACAGACCUUGUUUUUACAAUUAUUGUUAAUAUAAACUACAUGUAUCUAUCACAUGUUUUAAAAAUGUGUUGUAUUUAUUAAGUGUUGUAUAUUAAAUUUUGUAACAUGACCCAUAUUUUCCUCUCUUGGAACAGAGAUAAGGACCAAACGUGUGUGUAAAUACGCAAUAAAAUCAAUGAUCUAUUUUUAGACAUGUGACGUAAUCUGAGCGGUGAAAAUAAGUAUCUAUACAAAUCAUGCACAAUUUAGCUUGCCCUCAGGUAUGGCAGUAUUUAUUUGUAGAUGCAUCAUGUUAGAAUCAAAAUAAUAUAUCCCAAGCAGUGAUUUUUAUAAUCGCUUAAGAAAAUCACUGUUUUUGGUUCGGAUGCUCAACAUUAUGUCCGAGUUUGGCUUCUCCCUAGUGAUAUAAUUCCUUACAUCAGAACUCCCAAACAGUGAUUUUAUUUUGCAAUAAAAUCACUGUCGGGGAUUAUAAUAACUUCUUGAUUAAUAGUUUGAAAGAUUUUGACAGGUUUAAUGGCCCAGAGAUUAUAUGGUUGUAAACCAGAGCCGCUAGGUGAGGGUUAUAUAGCAAAUAAUCACCUUUACACGACCAUAUAACCUGUCAAAAAAAAAAAAAAUUAUAUUGAUACUGAAUUUAUAUUUUAUACUGUGUAAUAAAUUUAAAAAGAA